GGCUUACCAUCGCCAUACCUUCAAAUUCGACUCACCACCUAAUCAGCCAGCCAAACAGCCAAGCAGCCAGCCAGCCAGCCGUCCGACCCUGGAUGCACUCGAGCUCCAAAUGAGCCACUUCAACAGCACCCGCAACGGAUCGAGCCCGCAGGACCACGCCACGGACAAAUCGCCGCCGCUCACGCCACCGUCCUGCCCGAGCCCACCGGCCGAUAAGAGCAACGGAGGCCACGGCAGCGGCCAGCCCGGAGCGUCAUCGCCACAGCAGAGCGCCGGGGCUAGCAGUUUAGCUCCGGUCAUUGUCAUCACUGGAUGCACGACGGGAGGCAUCGGCCAUGCCCUCGUCAAGGCGUUCUCGACGAUGGGGUGCCGGGUCUUUGCGACCGUGCGACGAGCAGAUGCCGCCGUGGACCUGGUGUCGCUGGACGACCCGAACGUCACGGUGGUCAUCAUGGAGAUCACUGAUCGGGAGAGUGUCAAGCGGGCCAUCACAGCAAUCGUCCAACGCGUUGGCAAGAUUGACAUGCUGAUCAAUAACGCCGGCGUGUCAUUCUCGGGGCCGGUGGUCGAGGUCGAUGUCAAUGGGAUGCGGGACACCUUCGAAACAAACGUCUUUGGCCUGGUUAACACCAUCCAGGAGGUGGUGCCGCAUAUGGCCUCAAGACAAACGGGGAGAAUCGUCAAUAUUGGAAGCAUGGUGGGGUUCAUUCCCAUUCCGUGGACGGGAGUGUACUGCGCAAGCAAGGCAGCCGUCCACGCAAUCACGUCCGCCCUACGGAUGGAGCUGCAUCCCUUUGGCAUCGAUGUGAUCUUGGUGGCCGCUGGGGCCGUCAAAACCAACAUCUCGCUGAAUACCAGCAAACGAAUGGAGCAAUUCAACCAGGGCUUUCCCGCCUCGCCCCGAGGCGGCUCCCUCUAUGGAAUCCUGAAGGAGCAAAUCAACAAACGACCCUCGACUCACUCCAACGGUAGCGACCCUGCCCUCUUUGCCAUCCGGCUGGCUGGGCGGCUGCUCCGCAAAAAGGUCCCAAGCACCAUCUGGAUUGGGCAGAUGAGCUGGAUCUUCUGGUUCCUGACCCUGCUCCCAACCUGGAUCAUGGAAAUCUUUAUCACCUGGCGGUUUGGGCUUGGCAAGAAGAUGGAGAAGGUCAAGCGGCAAUAGUUCGGCGGGAUGGCCGCU